GCUUCACUCCGGCUGGCGCCGCCGCCUCGAGCGCUCCUGCUCCGCCGCGACCGUCCGGGGGGCUGCUCCUCCCCAGUACCAUGUGUGACGGCGCCCUGCUGCCUCCUCUCGUCCUGCCCUUGCUGCUGCUGCUGGUUUGGGGACUGGACCCGGGCACAGCUGUCGGCGACGCGGCGGCCGACGUGGAGGUGGUGCUGCCGCGGCGGGUGCGUCCCGACGACGUGCACCUGCCGCCGCUGCCCGGCGCCCCCGGGCCCCGAAAGCGCCGGCGCCCCCGCGCGCCCCCCGCCGCCCCGCGCGUGCGGCCGGGCGAGCGCGCCCUGCUGCUGCACCUGCCGGCCUUCGGGCGCGACCUGUACCUGCAGCUUCGCCACGACCUGCGCUUCCUGUCCCGCGGCUUCGAGGUGGAGGAGGCGGGCGCGGCCGGGCGCCGCGGACGGCCCGCCGAGCUGUGCUUCUACUCGGGCCGCGUGCUCGGCCACCCGGGUUCCCUCGUCUCAGUCAGCGCCUGCGGCGCCGGCGGCGGCCUGGUUGGCCUCAUCCAGCUUGGGCAGGAGCAGGUGCUAAUCCAGCCCCUCAACAAUUCCCAGGGCCCGCUCAGCACACGAGAGCACCUGGUCAGGCGCAAAUGGUCCUUGGCACCCAGCCCCUCCACCGAGGCCCAGGUCCCUGGGCAGCUCUGCCAGGUUCUAACAGAAAAGAAGAAGCCAAGGAAGGGCAGGCCGUCCCAGGACUGGCGGGAGCGGAGGAACGCCAUCCAGCUGACCAGCGAGCACACGGUGGAGACGCUGGUGGUGGCCGAUGCUGACAUGGUGCAGUACCACGGGGCAGAGGCCGCCCAGAGGUUCAUCCUCACCGUCAUGAACAUGGUAUACAAUAUGUUUCAGCACCAGAGCCUUGGAAGUAAGGUGAACAUUCAGGUUACCAAGCUCGUCCUGCUACGACAACGGCCUGCCAAAUUGUCCAUUGGGCACCACGGUGAGCGGUCCCUGGAGAGCUUCUGUCACUGGCAGAAUGAGGAAUACGGAGGAGCCCGGUACCUCGGCAACAAUCAGGUUCCAGGAGGGAAGGAUGAUACACCCCCGGUGGAUGCAGCUGUAUUUGUUACCAGGACAGAUUUCUGCGUACACAAAGAUGAACCAUGUGACACCGUUGGAAUUGCUUACUUAGGAGGUGUGUGCAGUGCUAAGAGGAAAUGCGUGCUUGCCGAAGACAAUGGUCUCAAUCUGGCCUUUACCAUCGCUCAUGAGCUGGGCCACAACUUGGGGAUGAACCACGACGAUGACCACUCGUCCUGUGCUGGCAGAUCCCACAUCAUGUCAGGAGAGUGGGUAAAAGGCCGGAACCCCAGUGACCUCUCUUGGUCCUCCUGCAGUCGUGAUGACCUUGAAAACUUCCUCAAGUCGAAAGUCAGCACCUGUCUGCUGGUUACAGACCCCAGGAGCCAGCACGCGCUCCGUCUCCCUCACAAGCUGCCGGGCAUGCACUACAGCGCCAACGAGCAGUGCCAGAUCCUGUUUGGUACCAAUGCCACCUUCUGCAGAAACAUGGAGCAGCAUCUGAUGUGCGCUGGACUGUGGUGCCUGGUGGAAGGAGAUACAUCCUGCAAGACCAAGCUGGACCCUCCCCUGGACGGUACCGAGUGUGGGGCAGACAAGUGGUGCCGCGCAGGGGAGUGUGUGAGCAAGACGCCCAUCCCGGAGCACGUGGACGGAGACUGGAGCCCGUGGGGCGCCUGGAGCAUGUGCAGCCGGACGUGUGGGACAGGAGCCCGCUUCCGGCAGAGGAAGUGUGACAACCCCCCCCCUGGGCCUGGGGGCACGCACUGCCUGGGAGCCAGUGUGGAGCAUGCUGUCUGCGAGAACCUUCCCUGCCCCAAGGGCCUGCCCAGCUUCCGGGACCAGCAGUGCCAGACACAUGACCGGCUGAGCAGCAAGAAGAAGGGCCUGCUGACAGCGGUGGUGGUUGAUGAUAAACCAUGUGAACUCUACUGCUCACCCCUCGGGAAGGAGUCCCCGCUGCUGGUGGCCGACAGGGUCCUGGAUGGCACACCCUGCGGGCCCUAUGAGACCGACCUCUGUGUGCAUGGCAAGUGCCAGAAAAUUGGCUGUGAUGGCAUCAUCGGGUCCGCGGCCAAGGAAGACCGGUGUGGGGUCUGCAGCGGGGAUGGCAAGACAUGCCGCGUGGUGAAGGGCGACUUCAGCCACUCUCGGGGCACAGGUUAUAUUGAAGCUGCUAUCAUUCCGGCGGGAGCUCGGAGGAUUCGCGUGGUGGAGGAUAAACCUGCCCACAGUUUUCUAGCUCUGAAAGAUACCAAUAAGAGAUCCAUCAACAGCGAUUGGAAGAUAGAGCUCCCUGGAGAGUACCAGAUUGCAGGCACGACUGUGCGUUACGUUAGAAGGGGCCUGUGGGAGAAGAUUUCUGCCAAGGGACCAACCAAGAUACCACUGCAUCUGAUGGUGCUGUUAUUUCAUGACCAAAAUUAUGGAAUCCAUUACGAGUACACUGUUCCUGUCAACUACACUGCGGAAAAUCAGAGUGAACCCGAAAAACCCCAGGACUCUUUGUUCAUCUGGACCCACAGCGGCUGGGAAGGGUGCAGCGUGCAGUGUGGAGGAGGGGAACGCAGAACCAUCGUGUCCUGCACGCGGAUUGUUAAUAAGACCACGACUCUGGUGAAUGACAGUGACUGUCCUCAAGCAAGCCGCCCAGAGCCCCAGGUCCGAAGGUGCAACUCACAUCCGUGCCAGUCACGGUGGGUGGCAGGCCCAUGGAGCCCCUGCUCAGCGACAUGUGAAAAGGGCAUCCAGCAUCGGGAGGUGACCUGCGUAUACCAGCUGCAGAAUGGCACCCACGUCACCACACGGCCCCUCUAUUGCCCAGGCCCCCGGCCAGCACCAGUGCAGAGCUGCGAAGGCCAGGACUGCCUGUCCAUCUGGGAGGCAUCUGAGUGGUCACAGUGCUCGGCCACCUGUGGCAAAGGGACGCGAAAACGAACUGUGACGUGCACCAACUCGCAAGGAAAAUGCGAUGCGUCCACGAGGCCCAAAGCAGAGGAGGCGUGCGAGGACUACUCGGGCUGCUAUGAGUGGAAGACCGGGGACUGGUCCAAGUGCUCCUCGACGUGUGGGAAGGGCCUUCAGUCCCGCGUGGUGCAGUGCAUGCACAAGGUCACCGGGCGCCAUGGCAACGAGUGCCCCGCCCUCUUGAAGCCUGCAGCCUACAGACAGUGCCACCAGGAGGUCUGCAAUGACAAGAUCAACGUGAACACCAUCACCUCCCCUCGCCUCGCCGCUCUGACCUACAAAUGCACACGGGACCAGUGGACGGUGUAUUGCCGGGUCAUCCGAGAAAAGAACCUCUGCCAGGACAUGCGGUGGUACCAACGCUGCUGUCAGACGUGCAGGGACUUCUAUGCCAACAAGAUGCGCCAGCCACCACCACCCUUGCCCAGCUCAUGACACGGGGCCCAGCGGUCCCCCGGCGCUCCAGCGCGUGGUCUGCAUCCCGAUGACAUGGCUAGCUGAAAGCCUGCCCACCCGAGAGCACACCAGUCCUGCGGCCGGGACCCCCCCCCGCCCCCAGAGCACACCGCCACUCACCCACAAGGCUGUCCCAAGAAUCCAGCCGUUUAGAACCUGAGCGUGGACUUGACGUUUGCUGUUAGCGCUUUUGUACUUAAUAUAUUGUUAACAGCCACUGGAUGGCUUUCUACAGUAAGGAAAAAAUAGGCAUGAGUCACAAAAUUAUUGUCAUUUCUAAGGUUCCGUGUACCUCAAAGGGAACACCUCUGACAGACCGUUGUCGAAAGAAAGAGACGUCAUUGAGCACUUCUGUCUUGGCUUUCUUUUGACGUUUGAAUUCCCGGUGCUUGACGUGCCAUGGGGGGAUUAUCCCCCAAAGGAGACAUUUUACAUUAAAACAGGCUUUAUUCUGAAAGCCGGCGGCACCCUGGAAGGAAGGACAGAUGUCAGCAAGCCUCUGCUAAUGGCUUCUCCUGAGAGGACCAGGCUGCCGGAGCCCUUCUUGACCACACAAGAGUCAGCAUUUUGCCUCCCGGCGCAUCUCUGAAAACAUGUUCUCUAGAUCGUGGGCCUCAUCUUGGAAGUCUUGUCCCUGACAGUUUGAAUCUCUAUCAGCCAAGGAUGCCAAGGCCACGUAGUUCUGCAUACCACCUGUGUUGGGGAGAAUAUUCUGGAAGUGUCUGGGUUUGGGGAGGCAUUUAAUUUCUAUACUCUACUGUCCACCGCAUCAGGAAACAAAGUCUUUCUUCAAGGUGCUAUGAAAUGGGAUGUAUGUUAAUUUGGGGGAUGGGACUGGUUCCUGGCAUAAAGGUGAGCUCAGGACAGCUUCAUCCGGGGUGUAGGGCCCCUCUACCUUCUGGGGGCCUCUACUCCAGGCAGUACUUCGUAAAGCUUUGCUUCCCGUUGACCUUGGCCAUCUACCUAAAGUUGAUUCUUUCUAGAACCUCUGGCUACUUCGCCCUGGCCCGGGACUGAUUUCCUCCAGAAGCCACUCAGCCUGGUGUGCCAGGAUCCGUGGAGGAGGGCCCCCCGGCCAGGAUCACUGCACAACCACCGCGCCUUCCCAUAGCCCAGACCUUGCGGGACCCAUCACUGUCACGCGUUGUCCUUGACCCAUCUUCUUAGUAAGGCAAGGAUGACUCUCAGAAAAGCACGAAGAAAGUCUUUCCCUCCAGCAGCCCCUCGAAACAGAGCCGCGCCCUCUCCAGAAGCCUGGACAAACGACAAGAGUACAGAAGACGGUGGGACCCUGCCCACUUUGGGAGCUGGGAGGGAGAGACUCUAGAUGCCAGGAGGCCUGUUUCACUCAGCGACUUGGUGGGUGUUUGAUGGUGCUUACGUUCAAGGACUUUACCGUGAUAAACCCCCCGCCUUUGCCUCUCUGAUUGCGGCCAGGGCGCCUCAUGUAUGUCGAUCUCCCUGGGGUCAGCUCCAAGGACUUCCUGAUUUAUUGGUGCUGUGUUCAUGUAUCUGCUUUUGUUUUUGAUGAUGUCACAACUUUAGGGCUAGCUUAAGGCUGUUUCAGUGUAUGAUUUUUCAUAUUCCAGAGACAGAGAAGUGGUAGGGAUGACAAGAAAUGUGUGCGGUUCCACUCGAAUCAACGAGAAGUAUCAAGAAACCUGCUUGAGUGCUGUGUGUAAAAGACUGAAAGAAUGCCAGGAUGGAGUGAUCCACCCUGCAGCGUAACCCCCCCCCCCCCCCCGCAACCCCCAAUGGUUGCACCGGAGCCUGAGCAAAAUGCUAUCCUCCCCAGCUCAGGCUUGGCCACCAACAGAAUCCCACAAACCCCAUUCCACAAAACACUCAAAUUCUUGGGGAGCUAGGGUUCCGUGUUCCCCCCAGCCCCCAGCGGGCUCAGCUUCACCACAAAACAUCAGAAAGAUGGCAGCCUCAGACACUGAGGAGCAGAGCCAGGAUGGCCAGCUAAGGAAGCCAGGGCAGCCUUGUUUGCUCAUGCGCACCCUCGUACCCAAGCUGGGCAAGCCCAGAGGCGAGCCCUUUCCCUGGUGCUCUGAAUUACCCCCCACUGGGUCCCUUGACCGUAUCCACUGGAUGCAUCUGGCAAGGGCCUCACACCUUCAAAAGGCAGAUAACUGAUUUGGUUCUUAUUCAACACCCCGUUGGUUCCCCCACCGUCGGUGUCUUUCUUGACCUCUUUUAGCUCAUGCCAGAGCACUGUUGCUCUGAAAUCCCCCAGCCCGCCUUCUGUUUAUGGCACAAGCAAUGACCAAUGUCAGCGAAGCCAGCCUGACGCUCUUGUACAGAAGACAUUGAAACCCUGUGAUCGCAACAGUGACGUUUCUUUAUUAACACUACCCUGUACUGUCACUCAAGUACUGUACCUUUUUGAUUGCACGAUUGUGUUACUAAAUGCAGAGUCUUACGACCUUAUGGUGCUACUUUUGUGGGUACAAAUGAAACCCUCUCACUUGACCAUGGCUUGAUAUUAUCAGAACACAGGGAAAGAUCCUCGGCAGCAAUAUCAUUGCUUUGCUCUCUUUUCUUCAUUUCAGAGUCCAGUGUAUAUAUUUUCCAUUAGUUAACUUACAUUACGUACUGUACCCGUGGUAUUGUUGUUUUACUUUUUGGUGCUGGUUUUGAAAGAAAAAAAAGAACAGAAGACAAACAUUGGACACCACUGUAAAUGAAAAAUUAAUCAUUUCAUUGGAAGUGAGUCGAACAUGUUUUAAUAAAAUGU